AUUAUAAUUUAAAUUGUUAUGAUAAAUAUCGAAUUCAAUAAGCCAGAACAAAAGAGGCAGUAAGUUUUGAAAACAAAAGCAAUGGAAAUGAAAAUAAGUUCUAAAAAAAGGUAGAGAGUAAAAGAUGAAAAAUAAAAAUAAGAAGUGAGCGAUAAAAAAGAUGAGAAAUAGGAAACAAUUCAUUAGUAGGAUAUGUCUUCGAUUCAUGAAUAAGAUUAAUAGAUAAUAGAUAAUUAAUAGAAGUGUUAGAAUGAAUAAAAAGGAUAAACAAAAAUAACUAAUGAGUAGAGUAGAGCUUUAGAGUUUGCGAAACUAGUUUUAAAUUUAGCUGAUCCCGCUUAGUAUACAAGAGUCUAAUAAGCAAAUUAAAUAAAGAAGAAUACAACAGGUGAUUAAGAGGAGGAAGAGGAGGAGACAGUGAAAAUAGAUAGAACUGAUUUUCUUUCAACUGCUGAAUAUUAAGAACUUUAAGAUAAAUAUUCAGAUUAUAAUAUUGGAGAACUAGUAUUAAAGUUUCCAAAUCCAGAUUAUGAAAAAAUGACAGAUCGUUCAGUUGAUAUUAAGGAAGCUGAAAGGUAAAUAAAAAAAAUAAUACUUUAGAGUAUUUAGUAGUUAAUUAGCAAUAUCUGCAGAUGGAGGAGUACCUUAAUCUUUAUUGACAAUAUAGAGAUAAGUAUUCUUAUCCUCAUUUUUAUAAUUGAGUGAUUAUGUUGAGACUGAUAGAAAGAAAAUUAAGGAAUCUUUGAAAUAAUCAGCUACAGCUAUACACUAAAGAGAUAAUCCAGAUUUAUAACCAUAUUAUGGAUUUUAAGAAUAAUAUAGAAAGAAUAAAGAUUAAAGUAUAGAGGAACUAUUGAGAGAGGAAGUACCUUUAUAAAGAACACCAAGUGAGGAAAUAAAUUAGGAGGUGAUUUAAAUGUUGAAUUUAAUUCAUUUAAAACCUAAUGAAAAUUUAGAUGUCUAUUAGAAUAUAAAUAAGAAAUAUUGUAAAGGGGGAUUUCUUUAUAAAAAGUGGACAGAAGAUAAAAGUGAUUAUGAUUGGAUUUAAAUAGGUUAAACACCUUAAGAUUUUUUGACUUUGAUUAGAAUGACUGUAAUAACAAAAUUAUGUAGAGAUGCUUAGUUUCAUUGUAGAUAAUUUAUUAGCAGUGAUGAUUAAUAUAUUUUUGUAGUUUUAAAAAGCAAGAUAGAAUAUGUUAAAUAUUAAGCAGAGUUAUAAAGAAUGUAAAAACAAUAUGAAUUAGGAUUUGCUGACAUUUUAUCAUUAGAGCCUUGUGAUAAAUUGCUUAGACCUUUAAGAUUAAAGAAUUAUCUAAGAGAUCCUGAUUUUAUAAAGGAGGCACCAAAUUAUAUAGAGGAUAAAAAGGAAGAUUCUAAAGAGAAAAAAAAGAAACCAGCUAGAAUUGAUAGUGAAGCUUAAAAAAUAUAUUAAGGAGUUUUAAAAUGGGGAGAUUAAGAAUUAAGAGCAAAUUGUGUUAUAAAGUAAUAAAUAUUGGAUCCUUUAAUUUAAUGGAUGUGUAUAGAAUUGAAAAUAAAUUUAAAUUCAGAAAGAGCUUAAAUUGUUGAUGAUUAACCAUUGUCAAGAGAUGUCUGGGAAGCCUAUUAUAUUUAUUAACUAUAUUUAAUAGAUUAUUUAACUAGAGUAAAAGAUUGUUAUACUGAAAAAGAAAUAAAAGCUAAUAAAGGAUUUUUAUUUAAAUUAAUAUUUCGUAAAGCAUUAGGUGAUCCUAAUGAACUUUAUUUAGCUUUUAAUAAUUCAUGGUUUAAAGAGAAAUUAAUUUUAGCUAAUUUAUGGGAUAGAUAAGGUAUUAAUCCAAUAGCACCAUAUGAAUAAUAUUUUGUAACUCAUUCAGAAGAUGGAUUAUGGAGAUAAUAUGAAGUUAGUGAAAAAGGACAUAGAUCUGAAUUUAUGAAUAUGGAAAAAUUGAAAAUAGCAUAUGGUACAGUAAGUAGAUUUUUAAAUGUGAAGAAAUUGAUAGAGAAUGGAUAUAUAUAAAGUUAUUUUGCAUUACAUGAUCCAUAUCAAUUGAUGGGAUUAUCAAAAGGACCAAUGAUAAAACCAUUGAUAGAUUUAUAAUUAGUAAAGGAAGGUAAAAAGAGUAAAGGAGAAUUAAAAUUAAAUAAUUUAUUUGUUUCAUUAAAAGAUGAAGCAGAAGGAGCAGAUUUUGAUAGUGAAUGUUUAGUAGAAGAAUGUAAGUUUCAUUGGUUUCCACCAUGGACAUUACCUAUUGAUAGUAUGAGAGAUUAUUUUGGAGAGAAAAUAGGUUUAUAUUUUAGAUUUUUAUAAUUUUAUUCUCAUUAAUUAUGGAGUGUAGUUGUAUUAGCUAUAAUUUGUGAAGGAGUAAUAGAUAAUACAACAGGAGAUGCACAUAAAGCAUUUAUAGUAAUAUUUGCAGUUAUAUUAAUAUCUUGGUCUAGUUAUUUUAUUUGUUAAUGGAAAAGACAAUAAACAAUGUUUUAAAUUUAAUUUGGUUAAAAUGUAGAAACAGAAGCAGGAGAGAUAGAAAGACCAGCAUUUGAAGGUGAUUUUAUAAGAUCACUCAUAUCUGAUAAAUUGAAUGAAGAAUUUUAUCCUACAUGGAAGAAACAAUUUAAAUUGUUUUAUUCAGCUUCAGUCACAUUAAUUAUUGUAUUAAUGGUUAUAGCUAGUGUUAUAGGAGUUUUCAUUUUAAAAAAGUAUUUAUGACAAUUAAAUAGUUAUUUAAUAGAAGAGUAUCCAGAUAAUUAAUUUUUAGUCUCCUUUGUACCUUCCAUGAUUAAUGCUAUUGUAAUUUAAUUGUUUAAUCUUAUCUAUUUUAAUGUGUCUAAUAAAUUAAAUGAUUUUGAAAAUCAUAAAUAUGAGUCAUCUUAUGAAAAUAGUUUAAUUUUGAAGACAUACACUUUUAUAUUUAUUAAUACUUUUAAUUGUUUAGCAAUUAUUGCAUUUUUAAAUGAAUCAUUUCCUGCUUUAUCUUUAUGUAAAACUUCUAUAGGAAAUAAUUGUUAUAGAGCAUUAAAAGAUUAAAUGGUCACUAUUUUUAUGGUGAAUUUUGCUAAAACAUUACCAUAAUUAAUUACACCAUGUAUUAAAGCAUUCAUAAGAGCAGAAACUAAAUAAGCAGAUGAAAAUUUAGUUGUGCAUGAAUUCAAUUAAAUUGAUGAAUUUAUAGAAAAAUAAUCAGAUCUAGAACCAUAUGUCUCUAAUCCAGAAGUAGAUGGUUUAAUGAAUGACUAUAUGGAAUUAAUUGUUCAAUUUGCUUUCCUGUAAUUAUUUGGAUUAGCAUUUCCACUUUGUUAUUUUAUAGCUUUCCUUACCAAUAUAACAUAAAUCUAAGUUGAUAAAUUAAAAUUAAUUCAUUUCAUGUAAAGACCCAUACCUUGUUCAGCUGCUGAUAUAGCUAAUUGGAGUUGGAUUAUGGAAAUCAUAGCAUUCUUAUCUGUAUUUUGUAAUGCAGGUUUGAUUGUAUUUACGUCUGGUGUUGUACCACCUGAUUCUUAAUCAGCUUCUUAUGCCAUUUUUGUUAUUGUCUUUUUAGGACUCAAGUAUUUCUCAUCAUUUAUCAUAUCUCCCAUUCCAGAAAAAGCAUCAUUAAUCUUAACUAGACAUAAAUUUGCCAUUGAUAGAGUUCAUCGUGGAAUGAGAAAUUCAAUCAAAUCAUAUUACAAAGGUAAAGUUAGGGAAACAAUGGAUGGAGUUGAUUAUGAAAAAAUGUAAGAAUAAGAAAAAGAUCAUCUUCUAAAAGGACCUAAUGUUAAUAUCGAAUUAAAAAAUAGAUGA